CUUUUCUUUCACUUCCGUGUUACCAAACAUGAGCUUAGCAAGUUGUCAACGUAAACAGUAAUCCCAAGAUGUCUGGUAAAGAAGUGAAAUCAGCUCUGAAAAGUGCCAAAGAGGCCAUCAAGAAUAAAGAGUUCAAAGAAGCUCUGAAACAAUGCAAGGCUGUUUUGAAACUUGACAAGAAGAAUUACAAUGCAUGGGUAUUCAUCGGCUUGGCAGCCAGUGAACUUGAACAACCAGACCAGUCUCAGUCAGCCUAUAAAAAGGCAGUGGAGCUGGAGCCUGAGCAGCUCUUAGCAUGGCAGGGCUUAGCCAAUCUUUAUGAGAAGACAGACCAGUGGGAUUUUAAAGUUGAGCUGCCUAAUGUUUAUCAGAAGCUUGUUGAGCUGUAUGCCAGCUCAGACAAAAAGAAAUGUUAUGAGGUGAUCAAAAAGCUCACAGAAAUCUAUCAGUCUGACAAAGAAUAUUUAAAGUUGGCAAAGGUUUGGCAGCAGCUCAUUCAGCUGAAGAAGGAAGAAGCUGUGGACAAGAAAGAGUUACUAGAGCUAUGGCAACAGCUGACACAGCUCCUCUCAGACUGCCUUAAUGAGGAAGAGCAGGACAAUGAAAUUCAACAACAUUUAAUCUCAGCAUUUGAGAAUGCCAUGGUUCUCAUGGACCCCGUCCCAGGAGAGAAACACAUGAAGAUGUCAACGGACUAUGUUAGAUGUCUCUCUAAACUGCCACAAGAAGAAGCUAAAAUGAAGGAGGCAUGUGAGUCCAUGCUGUCCCACUACCCCAGCCAAAGUUAUCCUCUUGAGGUCCUUGGUUCUCAUUACCUUAAAACAGGUAUCCUGAAUGAGGAUACAGUCAGCUGCUUCUCUCGGCUCCUCGAUCUGGCCCCUAAUUGUGGGUUAGGUCACUUAGGUCUGGGCACCAAAGCGCUUCAGGAAGGAAGAUAUAAAGAUGCCAUUAAGGACCUUGCACAAGGGUUGAAGAAAACGAGCUGCAACACAGGAUGGUACAGUCUGGCUGAAGCUCAGUUUAAAAUGCACAGAUACUCAGACAGUGCUACGUCAUGCUCCCAAGGUCUGAUGAUAUGUGGUUCUGGAGACAGGGAGCUGAGGGUCAAACUGCUCAGAUUGAAGUUAGAGACUUUAGUCAGAAGUGGAGGAGAGAAGGCUGCAGACCAGGCUUUGGAGACAUUUUCACAGAUUCCAGAUGCUGAAAAGGACCCAGUUCUAGUAGCCCUUAAAGGACGUGCAUACCUUAACAAAGGACAAAUUGAUCAAGCACUUAAGGUGUCAUCAGAGCUAGUGGCCUCCAACCCAAACCUGGCCCAGGGGUUAGCACUUAAAGGACUGGUACACUUAGCUGAAGGCCAGCAGCAGCUGGCAGAGCAGAGUCUUCUAAAGGCAGCUACUAAGAACCCAAACUGUGGAGAGUAUUAUUUUUUGCUGGGACAACUCUACUGGGGCAUGGGAGAAGAGACGCGUAAAGACCGGAGCAAAGCCCAUACACACUUGCUGAAGGCUGCAAAGUUAGAUCCACACCUUGGCAGUGCAUUCCGCUACCUUGGCCAUUAUUACCGGGAGAUUGCAAAUGAUCGUGGCCGUGCACGAGGCUGCUAUAAGAAGGCCUUUGAAUUGGACAACGAGGAUGCUGAAUCUGGAGCUGCCUCUGUGGAUCUCAGUAUGGAGCAGGAGGAUAUGGAAACUGCCUUAGCAACACUUGAGUCAGUGAUUGAGAAAGCCACUCCAGGCUCAGCUAAGUGGGCCUGGAUGAGACGAGGCCUGUAUUACCUGAAGGUUGGAGAGCAUCAACAGGCCACAGCUGAUCUGCAGGCAGCUCUUAGAGCAGACCCGGAGGACUGGGUUUGUUGGGAGUGUUUAGGUGAGGCCUACCUAAACCGCCGGAGCUUCACAGCAGCUCUGAAGGCCUUUGGUAAGGCUCAUCAGCUUCAGCCCUCCUCCAUCUACAGUGUUUACCAAGCUGCUGCAAUCAAACAGACCCUGGGCAAGUUCAAAGAGGCGGUUGCAGAGUACUUGCAGAUCACAGCACAGCAGGACUAUGUUCCUGCUCUUAAAGGUCUUGGGGAGUGCCAGCUGUCUUUAGCAAAAAGUUUAAUGGAAGACUGCAGAGAUGGGGGAGCCAUUGACCUCAUUCAGCAAGCCAUACAGAACCUCUUCAAAGCUGUGGAGCUUCGUCCAGACCUGUCCUGUUUGUGGAAGCUGCUGGGAGAUGCAUGUACCGCUGUCAGCACUGUGUCGCCAAACCGAGCACAGGUUCUUGUGCCUGCCCCGCUGGCUGGUUUAGACCCCAACUCACAGAGCCAUAUGCUUAACCAGGCCCAGACACUCAAAGUUGGUGAGAGGUGCUAUGCUCAUGCUUUAAAGCUGAUGUCUGAGGCCCCCAGUCUUUGGUAUGACCUAGGACUCAACUAUUACCGCCAGGCUAGCCUACCCUCCCCUACAGAGGGAGACCAGAACUCCCAAUCUCUGGUCCUAGAGAAGGCUCAGCAGUGUUUGAAAAAGGCCAUCAUGAUGGACAGUGGGAACCACAGCUACUGGAAUGCCCUGGGAGUGAUUUCCAUGAACAAAGGUCUUGAGAACUAUGCUCUGGCUCAACAUUGCUUCAUCAAGUCCAUACAAGUUGAGCCAAAUAAUGUUGUUGCCUGGACAAACCUUGGUACCCUGUAUUUGAAGAAGGACAAUAUAGAGCUUGCACACGAGGCCUUCAAGAUUGCCCAGUCUUUGGAGCCGCUGUAUGUCAACUGCUGGAUUGGACAGGCACUGAUAGCAGAGAGAGUGGGAAGCUAUGACACCAUGGAUCUUUUCAGGCACACCACUGAACUCAGCACACAUAUGGAGGGAGUUAAAGGUUAUGCAUACUGGGUAUGUUCCACCCUGCUGGAUAAGAGCAACAGAGACACUGAACUGUACCGCUACAACAUAGUCCAGAUGAACGCCAUCUCUGCUGCUCAGGUGGCACUCAGCAAGUACACAGAGAGGAUCCAGUCUGACCCUGAAGCCUUCAUUAUGCUUGGCUACCUAAAUGAGCAUCUGCAGCUGAAGAGGCAGGCCUUACAGGCUUACCAAAGAGCUGUUGAACUGCUACAGUCCACGUCCUCAACAGAAGAACUAGCUUUUGCUGUGGGCAGCUAUGGCCGUGCUUUGUGCACCUCAGGCCAGUGGGAGGAGGCAGUGCAUGCUUAUAAGUCCACUCCACUGCAGGAGCUCAGUGAUCUGGCUGGGGUGGCUCUGGCCUACUGCAGGGCAGGACUCAUCCCAGAGAGCAUCAGUGCCUAUGAACGUGCCUUGGCUGUGGCUUCCAGUGAGAAGGAGAAAGCUUACAUCUUAACAGCUCUGGCCCUACUGCAGCACCGACAGGGCAAUCUAGACUCAGCCAAGACUCUGCUGUUUAAAUGCUCGAUGUUAAAGGAGCCAAUCUCAGAGUCUCUGUUGUGUCUAUGUGCCCUGGGGUUGGUCCAUGGUGAUGCUACACUAGCUGCUGCUGCCCUGACUGAGCUGCUGAAGCAAGGUUCAGCCUCUGGGAGUGUUGUAGAGCAGCGAUGUUUACUCACCUGCACCUUGCUGGCCCUGCAGGGCAACUACAGUGCCGUGCAAAGAGAGGCUUCCAGAGCUGUACACAGUAAUCCUGGAAACCCUUCUCUGUGGGCCCUGCUAUCCAGAGUGGUACCACAAUACUACCCACGGAAGGCAAAUGGUGGAGCAAUGGCUGGUCAUGUUGCCUGUCUUUCCAGUAUGACCCAAGGAAAGAGGGCGCUGUUGUACAGUGGAGUAAACCAGCUGGCUAGUGGAAGACACUCUGGAGAAGACAGGCAUAGGAAUGCACUGAAGACUUUGCAGAGAGCUGUGCUGCUCUGUCCCGAUGAUCCAGCAGCGUGGGCGGGAUUAAUGGCUGCCUGUCACACAGAAAACACAUCCUGUUAUCUUUCAGGUUCUGCUCCUUGCAGACAAGGAAUGGAGAAAAUCCUCAUGUCAGUGGUUUCUGAGAAAGUGCGUAGUGUGGAGGAGAUAGAGCGCCCUCUAGCCCAGACUCUAGAAGGCUGGGUACUACAACAGGCAGUGACUGGUCUCGUGAUGGGGGGGCAGCUGGAGGAGGCAGAAGCUCUGUGCUCACAGGUGCUGAAUGUUUCCCCAGAACACCCAGCAGUGAUGCUGGCACUGAGACAGGUGCAGUGUCAGCGCCUCCUUGUGGCCAAUGGUGGUACUGUCCUCCCAGACUCUGUGAUGGAGCAGCUGAACAACACAGUGAUGAUGAAUCCCACCAACCUUGGGGCUUGGCAUUGGCUGGCUGAGGUGUAUCGUAGUCAGGGUCUGCUGGUCCAGGCAGUCAUGGCUUACAGGCAGAGUCUGCAGCUUGCCUCACAGCUCGGCCUGCACAGCAGUCAGGUUACCAGCCUGCUCCGACUAGCCCUACUAGCUCUAGGACCCUGUAUGGCAGAUGUCCCAGGAAACGACUGGAAGGACCUUGUAUUAGAGGCCACUACUGAGGUUUUGAAGCUGGGUUCAUUCCCCAUGGCCCUCCUCUUCCAGGCCCUGCUCCAGUAUGUGACCAAGAUGGCAGCGAGGGAAACAAGGCGUUUGUUGGAGAGGCUGGUGUACGUUUCCUCUCAGGACUUCCCAGUGACGGUGGUGCAGGUGGCCAGCUGGUACCUCCUCAGACACUUGCAUGCCAAAAAUGACGACGAGCUGAUAAAUGUCCUUCUGGAACGAGCCAAAAUGAAUAGAGAUCAGAGACUUCUGAAGUUUCAUUCACUGCUUGCCUCUUCUUCAUCCUGAAUCUACAAACGCAUCUCUAUAAAAUCAUGUGGCUUAGUGAGUUAAUCUACAGGCUUAAGCCAUCACCAGUUCAACUUUUCUGCAUCUCUUAACUAAAUAUCAAAUCAUAUCAAACUUGAUAUUAUGAAUAUGACAUUUAUUAGUUACAUUAUUCUUUGGUCAUUGACUGUUGGUAAUGCAAUGUUAAGUAAAUCAAAUCAGUUCAGUAAAUCAAAAUCAUGAGCAUUAUCACAUUUUUUCAAAGUGUACCACACAUUAAGGCUAAAAUAAAGGCAAUUUGCUCAAUAUAUAAA